AUGGGCUCUGUGCAGGAUGGACCUUCACUGCUAGCAGCAGACCUUCCAAUUGCACCUCUGAGGACCAUCAGAUACAGUGCUCUGCAGAGUGGUGAUCCCAAGGAAGUUGGAAGACUCCUCGAGGCGUGUAUCCAUGAAGGGUUCUUCUAUCUCGACGUGACAGAUGGAGAGGAAAAUCCUGCUGUUCUCCAGAAGGUGGAUGAAAUGUAUGACUUCAUGCGCGAGUGGUUUGGUCAACCUGAUGAGGUGAAGCAAGAAGUACUGUCGUCCAACUAUACUGAUGGGUACAAACCUACUGGAAUAUUUGCGGGUGUCCGUGAGAAUACCAGAGAUGCUUAUGAGACCUUGAAGGUCUCUCACAUGGGUAUCAAAAAAGGGGCAACAAACCCCCCACCCUACCUCCAAGUUCGCAAAGGAAUGUUCGAGUCCUAUCUAGAAGCAUGCAACCAAAUCGCCCUCCGCCUCCUAAUCUGCCUAUCCUCCCAACUAGGCCUCGACAAAUCCGAAGCCCUCGAGAACUUCCACCAAGACAAGGAAGACUCCAACUCAACCCUCGUCCUCCUCAAAUACCCAUACCAAGAGCCCGACCUCGAAUCGCACCAGAUCGGACACAACAAGCACACCGAUAUCGGCAGUAUCACCGUCCUCUUCACCGACCAAUGGGGCCUACAGGUUCUUUCUGCCGCAGACCAGGGUCAAAAAGAGGAACAAUGGAAGUUCGUCGAACCCCGUCGCGGAUGCGCCGUGAUCAACGUCGGUGAUUCUCUGCGAUUCCUUUCGCAGAAGAAGCUACGCUCUUGUCUCCACCGUGUGGUCCCGGCGAAGGGACAGACAGUUGAUCGGUAUACCAUUGCGUAUUUCUUGCGGCCAUCGAACAGUGCCACGUUUGUGGAUAGUAAUGGGGAGUUGGUGACGGCGACGAACUGGCAUGAUAGGAAGUAUGAGGUUUUCAAGGCGACGCAUGCGGAUCAGAGGAAGGAUACGAUUUUGACGGGGGGGUUGGAGCCGAUAUCUAUUUGA